AGAAUAAUUCGAUCGCAGGCCUUAAGUCAGUAUGAGCAAAAUAAAAAUGCACCUUUCUUUGUAUUGAAUGAGAAGGAAUACAAGUAAACUAAACAAAUGCUGGGCGCUUUCGGAUUCAGGAGCACUAAAUGGAAGCGGUUAAGCCUGAACACGAAUGUUACAGCAAUUCAGCACCCACCGUUCGAUGAAAUUAGUCCAAUUUCAUGGUAUAGCAGCGUUAGAGAAGAAGAUAGAGGUAGCCUUAUCGGAAAUAUUGCUCCCAACUCCAAAGAUAAGACGCUUGCCAGUGACAGUGAUAGGGAGAAAUCCAAGUUGAAUAGUCACUCAACGACGUCAACAAAAGUUGCAGAGAGUUUGAGACCAAGACAACGUGCACUGCUUGUCGGGGUGACUUACAAGAACUGCAGGUACAAGCUUAAGGGAACUACGAAUGAUGUCAAGAAUAUGAGAAAUUUUUUGAUCGAUAGCUUCAGUUUCAAUCCACAGAACAUCCUCGUUCUCACAGAAGAUGAGACAGAACCAGAUCUAAUUCCUACAAAGAAAAACAUCUUGAUAUCCUUAAAAUGGCUUGUAAAGGAUUGCCGGGCUGGUGACUCACUAGUGUUUUAUUAUUCCGGCCAUGGCUUGCGACAACCGGAUUUCGAUUCAUAUAAUGAUGGGUUUGAUGAAACUAUUUGUCCAGUUGAUUUCUUAACAGAAGGGAUGAUUCUUGAUUAUGAUAUUAAUUCCGCCAUUGUUCGGCCGCUUCCAAAAGAUGUCACCCUUCAUGCUAUUGUUGAUGCUUGUUACUGCGGAACCAUCCUCGAUCUUCCGUAUGUGUACGACAGACAAACGAAAGCAUGGGAAGACAAUUACGCUCCAAGUGGUGCCAGGAAACAGACAAACGGUGGGUUAGCAAUUUCUAUCUGUCGCUGUGUAGAUGAUCAAAUGCUUGCUGAUACCUCAGCAUUCAAUACAAAGGCAAUGAACGGAGUAAUGACCUACAAUUUGAUAGACAUUAAUCUGAGGUACCCAGGAGUAACAUAUGGUGACAUGCUUGACUUGAUGCAUGGAAGCAUUGAGGAAGCCAACCAAAAUGGAUGCCUUACCAGCAGGCUCUUAAGAACCUCUUGUCAAAAACCAAUACCGAAGCCUGUGCUUUCAUCUUCCGAAACCUUUGAUGUUUACGGGAAAAACUUCAUUUUGUAACUAUUAGAGUCCAAGUUGAGUUGGAAUUAGGAUAUUAAAUAAAAUAGAAAGUUUAGUAAAAUUUAAAUUAUGAAAUUUAAUAAUUAGAGUUUCAAAAGAACUAGAUUUUAGUUGUUUAAAUAUAUGAUUAGUUGAUUAGCUAUUAUAUAGUAGAGAGUUCACAAAGUAGA